AUGGACUGGAUAAAGAAUUGGCUGUAUGGUUGCAGCCAGAGGGUUGUGGCGAAUGGCUCUAUGUCCAGGCGGAGGCUGGUGACAAGUGGUGUCCCCAAGGGAUCAGUCUUGGGACCGGUGCUCUUCAACACCUUUAUCAAUGCCCAAGGGAAGAAGAAAGAAGCUGUCAUCUUACUGCGGGACUCUAUUAAGUACGGCCCAGAGUUUGCGGACGCUUACUCCAGCCUGGCCUCGCUGCUCGCCGAACAGGAACGGCUGAAGGAAGCGGAGGAGGUCUAUAAGGCUGGCAUAGAAAAUUGUCCAGAGAGCUCCGAUCUGCAUAACAACUACGGUGUUUUCUUGGUCGAUGCGGGGGCUCCUGAGCGAGCUGUGUCCCACUACAGGCAGGCCAUCCGCCUCAGCCCUGCUCACCACGUGGCCAUGGUGAACCUGGGCAGGCUUCACCGCUCCCUGGGGCAGAACAAAGAGGCUGAAGUGUGGUACAAGCGGGCACUGAAGGUUUCCCGGAAGGCUGAAACCCUGUCCCCGCUGGGGGCUCUGUAUUACAACACUGGGCGCUAUGAAGAAGCAUUGCAGAUUUACAGAGAAGCAGCAUCACUGCAGCCUUCGAACAGAGAGAUCCGCCUGGCGCUGGCUCAGGUUUUGGCAAUGAUGGGGCAGACAAGAGAAGCUGAAAAGAUGACGAACCAUCUACUCAAUGAGGAUGUGGUGUGUCUGGAGUGCUACCGCCUUCUGUCAGCCAUCUACAGCAAGCAGGAGCACUAUGCCAAGGCACUUGAAGCUAUAGAAAAAGCUCUUCAGCUAAAACCAAAGGAUCCAAAAGUCAUAUCAGAGCUCUUUUUCACUAAAGGAAACCAGCUAAGAGAACAGAAUCUCCUUGACAAGGCUUUCGAGAGCUAUAAACGGGCUGUGGAGCUCAACCCAGACCAAGCGCAGGCCUGGAUGAACAUGGGAGGCAUUGAGCACAUCAAGGGGAGCUACGUCACUGCCCGUGGCUACUAUGAGAAAGCCUUACAGCUGGUUCCAAACAGCAAGUUGCUGAAGGAGAAUCUGGCCAAACUGGAUCGCUUGGAGAAACGGUUUCAGGAAGCCCAGGAGAAAGACCAAACAUAGCAUUCAGUCACCAGUGGAAAGAAACUCAUGCCCCUUGGAGAAGAGUGAGGUGGAAGCCCAUUGCUCAAAGUGAUGCUGAAGGAACUUUGAUAGAACCUAGAAUUAGGGAAGGCAAAUGUUGAAUGCAUGCUUAUGUUUGACCAAAGUUACAGGAGAUACUUGGCUCCUGUGGGACAUGCUGGAGAAUGAAUGAAAACCUUCCUUUCAUCAAGAUUUAUGUUUAGACUAAACUCAUUUUACUUGCACUGGGAGUGUGGGUGGGAUGUGUACCUCC